AUGAUUGCUUUCAAACUUUAUUUAAGUUUAAAAAUGAUUUUGAUAUAUUUAUUGAAAUUUAAUAUACUAGUAAUUUUUUUUACAUUUAUAUCAUAUGUAUAUGGUUGUUUUCCAAUUAUAGUUCCAGAAACAACACCAAAACCACCAGUUUGUUGUCAACCUUUAAAAUUAGGAUUAAUAAAAAGAGUUCCACCAAUUAAAGGAUCCUACUCAUCAGGAUGGGAUCAAUGUAGUAUAUUAAAUAGUUACAAUAAUGAACCUUGUCCAAAUAGAGGAAUGUUUACAUGUCGUAUGGCACCAUAUUCAAAUGCUAUUGGUACUAAUUUACAAUUAAUCAAAGAUAAUAUCACUGUUGUUGAAGAAAAUCACCAUGCAGAUAUUUCUGAGAUAUGGGUUACCUGUGUAGAUGGAGAAUGGAAAAUUAAUGGAAAAACUUUCACUCACUUUAUUUUACUUAUUUUUGUUAUAAUUAAAAAAACUCAAUUUGAGAUAGAUUUUGAUUUACCAAAUGAUGUUCCAACAGCACAUAGUAUAAGAUUUACUAAAGUUUCAAAUGAAGGAAAUGUUAAUAGAAACAGAAAUAAUAAUGUUAAAGGAAUGUCAUUUGAUCCAGAAAAUGCUAUGAAAGAUUUGUCUGAUUAUGAAGAUUCUGUACAAUUUAAAAGACACGGUGGUAAAUUUUCAAGAAAUAGAAAUUCUUUUAAAAUCUCAGAUAUAAGUGGCACAAAUUCUAGAUUCAAUAGAAUGCAAGGAAAAUGA